GUCCUCCGGCACGAGCCGCGAAUUGUCGCUGUUCUCUUCACGCGACUCCAGCGGCGCAUCUGCAGCACCUCACCUGUCUCUCUCUCUGUGUGUGUGUUUGUGUUGUGUGUGUGUGUGUGUGUGUGUGUGCGCGUGUGCGUGCGCCCGGGCGCGAAUGUGUCGCACACUGCACGGACCCAAACCUGGACACACGUUUGAAGGAGAUCCUGCCCUCAUAUGCAGAGGCAGAGAUAAACCAAUGAGGAGACUGCAGCAUCAUAACAAUCGCUGUCCACUCUGUGACUAAUCCAUUGCGCUGAAGUAUCGUCUGUUAUCAUGGCGAAGAGCCCAGAGGUUAAAGUCGCUGUUUUUGGAAGAGCUGGAGUGGGGAAAUCAGCAUUGGUGGUGAGGCUCCUGACCAACCGCUUCAUCUGGGAGUAUGACCCCACACUAGAGUCUACAUAUAGACAUCAAGCCAAUAUUGAUGAUGAGAUGGUCAGCAUGGAGAUUCUGGACACAGCUGGACAGGAAGACUUGCUGCAGAAGGAGGGUCACAUGCGUUGGGGUGAUGGAUUCGUGUUGGUCUAUGACAUCACCGAUCGCAGCAGUUUUGAGGAUGUGGCUCCGCUGCGCAGCCUGCUUGAGGAGGUACGGAAGCCACGGCAUGUGCCACUGGUGCUAGUGGGCAACAAGGCCGACCUGGAGCAUGCUCGUCAAGUGGCCACAGAGGAGGGCGAACGGCUGGCCGCCGACAUGGCGUGUGCUUUCUACGAGUGCUCGGCGUGUGCAGGCACAGCAGGUACAGCAGGCACAGCAGCAGGCACCGUGGCCGAGGCCUUCCAUGAGCUGUGCCGUGAGGUGCGCCGUCGCCGUGCUGUUCAGGGCAAAAGCAGGCGCCGUAGCUCCACCACUCACGUCAAGCAAGCCAUCAACAAGAUGCUCACCAAGAUCAGCAGCUAGGGAGAGACGAUGAGAGGAGGAGAGAGUGGCUAAAGGAAAUGAGGGGGGGAGAAAAUAAAUCACAAGAGCCUAGAGAGCUGGCCAAUGGGAGGAUGAUGUGUUUUAUUGGCUAUGCCAAGAAUCAAAAGCAUUUUCACAGAAAAGUCAAAGCUUUUCUGUUCUGGAUGGAUAAAAGAAACUAUUAUUCAAAUCCAAUCACUUUUUAUUAACAUCCCAUCAGUGUAUGUGAAUACACUGGUAUGAAAUUUUAUGUCUCCAGAACCAUGGUGCAUUAAACAAAAAGGUAUAAGACUAUGUAAAGUGUAAACAAUGCAACAAGGAGAUCAGAUGAGUGUACAAAACUAUAGUUUGUGUAAAAUGACAAUUUCAGUACAGAACAAUAAAAACACAAUGCAGUACUACAUACAACAGCAACAGCAGCAUCAGAGUACUCUUUUAGGAAAAUGAGUUGCCCAAGCUACCCAGUGUGCUGUGUGUACAUAGUGCUCUAUUGUCAAGUGAAAAACAAGCUGACACACAGAGAGUUUCCGUAGUGUCCUGUGCCAUAGUUUGUAUUGUACAGGAAUGUUUUUUUAUGCUCCAAGGCCUUCCCGUUUAUAUUUGCUCUCCAAGCUAUAAUGAUUUGGUGAAACUUCAACAGUUAGCAGAGUUACAGAUUGCUACACAGCCUACAGAUUGCAUUCAGUGUUCGCUGCAUGUUGACCCUUUCGAGACAGUUAUCAAAUAAAUCAUCAUCCACCCUCAUAGUGAAGUCAAAUGUGAUAUUUUGUAAUCAGAAAGAUUUCCCAGUCCUCCUCUCCAAACAUCUCAGAACAUGUAUAUUCUGAAGAUUAUAUCUUGAGCAUUUUUUCUCUGGGAUGGAGUGAAGCAGUAAAGAUGGGCCUUGAAGCAGCCAGUGUUUUUUAAGAGCCUUUCUCAAAGAGCCUUUCUGUUCUUAUCACUUUCAUGUUACAACCCACAUGGACUUGUUUAUCCACUGCGUCUCUUUCCUCUAUCUCUGUCCUUGUUCAUUCUUAAGGAAGACAUUUAAAAAUACCUUUAAUUCUGUAUAAUGUACAGUAUAUGACUGCCUUAAUAUCUCAAAUGAAUCAUCAGAUAAUGUGUACAGUAGAUUAGAGCUGAAGUAGCCAUGGUAACAUGCUAGCAUGUGUCAGGCCAGAUUUUUGUAAUUAAAACAGUCACAUAUUGUAAUAUAAUGAUCAGUGUGAGAUGGCAUACCACACUGUCCCUCUUGCUGUGCACUAAAUAAAGAUGACAGAUAAAUAUAUAUAAAUGUCAUGAAAAGUAAUGAAACAU